AUGAAGAAACAGAACAGAGGACCCAUUACUAAUGUUGCAAAUGCAACUCUUCGUACAGCUGAGGCAACAAAAGUUAGUAAAGCUACAGUUGAACGAAUAAGUAAAGAAGUACGAGAGUCGCAAGAAUUAUCUGGUUACCCAGUUUUCGAUUUAAAGAAGAUGAAAAGAUCUAAACCUGUGACUGGUUUGGAUGACUUUGACAAAUGUUUGCUUCGUCGGAUAAUUCUCCAAUUUUAUGAGAGGAAAGAAAUUCCAACCAUUAAUAAAGUGUUGUCUGAAAUGAGGGAAAGAAAAGGAUUCAAAGGGGGUAGAGAAUCUUUAAGAAAAAAUGUGAAAGAAAUUGGUUUCCAGUACGCUAAACUCGAUGGUAGGAAAUUUUUGAUGGAACGAUAUGACGUGCAGUGCUUGCGAACAAGAUUCUUAGAAAAAAUGCAAAACGUCAGGGAGAACGGACGAAAUGUAAUUUAUCUGGAUGAGACUUGGGUUAAUCAGAAUUACACAGUAGGAAAAUGCUGGAAAGAUAAUAAAUCCGAGAAUACUUCUGGAAUUAAAUUGCCGUCAGGAAAAGGUGGCCGACUUAUAAUUCUGCAUGCAGGCUCUGCAGAAGGCUUCAUUCCAAACGCUGAGCUCAUAUUCACUGCAAAGAAUGACGGUGAUUAUCACCGUCAAAUGAAUCACGAAGAGUUUGAAGAAUGGUUUCGUUGCCCGUUGCUCCCAAACAUACCGCGAACUUCAAUUAUUGUGAUGGAUAAUGCUCCUUAUCAUUCAAGGAAAGUAGAUAGACUACCAACGACGUCAAGCAAAAAGGCAGUCAUUACAGAAUGGCUCAUCUCUAAAGGUGCGAAACCAACAGAGAAAAUGUUGAAGGGUCAACUUAUAGAGAUGGUAAAGGAGUAG